AGACGGAAAUGCGGCAGUGUCUUAGGAGACAGGUGUGUUCUCAUAGUAUAUGCCAAAUAACUUUAUAAAAUAAUGCCAUCUGCUUUAAAAUCAGGUACAAGGAUGAGAUUAAUACUAAAUGGCGCAGAAUGCUCUGCUUCAUGGAAAAACAUGGCACAGAAUGCUCUGCUUCAUGGGAAACCAUGGCACAAUGCUCUGCUUUAUGGGCACCACGGCACAGAAUGCUCUGCUUUAUGGGCAACUAUGGCACAGAAUGCUCUGCUUUAUGGGAAACCAUGGCACCGAAUGCUCUGCUUUAUGGGAAACAAUGCAAAUGGCGCAGAAUGUUCUGCUUUAUGGGCAACCAUGGCGCAGAAUGCUCUGCUUUAUGGGCAACCAUGGCACAGAAUGCUCUGCUUUAUGGGCAACCAUGGCGCAGAAUGCUCUGCUUUAUGGGAAACCAUGCAAAUGGCGCAGAAUGCUCUGCUUUCUGGGAAACAAUGGCACAGAAUGCUCUGCUUUAUGGGAAACCAUGCCACAGAAUUCUCUGCUUUAUGGGAAACCAUGGCACCGAAUGCUCUGCUUUAUGGGAAACAAUGCAAAUGGCGCAGAAUGCUCUGCUUUAUCUGAAACCAUGGCGCAGAAUGCUCUGCUUUAUGGGCAACCAUGGCGCAGAAUGCUCUGCUUUAUGGGCAACCAUGGCGCAGAAUGCUCUGCUUUAUAGGAAACCAUGGCGCAGAAUGCUCUGCUUUAUGGGCAACAAUGGCACAGAAUGCUCUGCUUUAUGGGAAACCAUGGCACAGAAUGCUCUGCUUUAUGGGAAACCAUGCAAAUGGCGCAGAAUGCUCUGCUUUAUGGGAAACAAUGGCGCAGAAUGCUCUGCUUUAUGGGAAACCAUGCCAUAGAAUGCUCUGCUUUCUGGGAAACAAUGGCGCAGAAUGCUCUGCUUUAUGGGAAACCAUGCCACAGAAUGCUCUGCUUUAUGGGAAACCGUGCAAAUGGCGUAGAAUGCUCUGCUUUAUGGGAAACCGUGCAAAUGGCGCAGAAUGCUCUGCUUUAUGGGCAACUAUGGCACAGAAUGCUCUGCUUUAUGGGAAACCAUGGCACCGAAUGCUCUGCUUUAUGGGAAACAAUGCAAAUGGCGCAGAAUGUUCUGCUUUAUGGGCAACCAUGGCACCGAAUGCUCUGCUUUAUGGGAAACAAUGCAAAUGGCGCAGAAUGUUCUGCUUUAUGGGCAACCAUGGCGCAGAAUGUUCUGCUUUAUGGGCAACCAUGGCGCAGAAUGUUCUGCUUUAUGGGCAACCAUGGCGCAGAAUGUUCUGCUUUAUGGGCUGGCGCAGAAUGCUCUGCUUUAUGGGAAAUGGCGCAGAAUGCUCUGCUUUAUGGGCAACCAUGGCGCAGAAUGCUCUGCUUUAUGGGAAACCAUGGCGCAGAAUGCUCUGCUUUAUGGGAAACCGUGCAAAUGGCGUAGAAUGCUCUGCUUUAUGGGAAACCGUGCAAAUGGCGCAGAAUGCUCUGCUUUAUGGGAAACCAUGGCGCAGAAUGCUCUGCUUUAUGGGCAACCAUGGCGCAGAAUGCUCUGCUUUAUGGGCAACCAUGGCACAGAAUGCUCUGCUUUAUGGGCAACCAUGGCCCAGAAUGUUCUGCUUUAUGGGAAACCAUGGCGCAGAAUGCUCUGCUUUAUGGGCAACCAUGGCGCAGAAUGCUCUGCUUUAUGGGCAACCAUGGCGCAGAAUGCUCUGCUUUAUGGGCAACCAUGGCGCAGAAUGCUCUGCUUUAUGGGCAACAAUGGCACAGAAUGCUCUGCUUUAUGGGAAACCAUGGCACAGAAUGCUCUGCUUUAUGGGAAACCAUGCAAAUGGCGCAGAAUGCUCUGCUUUAUGGGAAACAAUGGCGCAGAAUGCUCUGCUUUAUGGGAAGCCAUGGCGCAGAAUGCUCUGCUUUAUGGGAAGCCAUGGCGCAGAAUGCUCUGCUUUAUGGGAAGCCAUGGCGCAGAAUGCUCUGCUUUAUGGGAAACCAUGGCACAGAAUGCUCUGCUUUAUGGGCAACCAUGGCACAGAAUGUUCUGCUUUAUGGGAAACCAUGGCGCAGAAUGCUCUGCUUUAUGGGCAACAAUGGCACAGAAUGCUCUGCUUUAUGGGCAACCAUGGCGCAGAAUGCUCUGCUUUAUGGGCAACCAUGGCACAGAAUGUUCUGCUUUAUGGGAAACCAUGGCGCAGAAUGCUCUGCUUUAUGGGCAACCAUGGCGCAGAAUGCUCUGCUUUAUGGGCAACCAUGGCCAAGAAUGCUCUGCUUUAUGGGCAACCAUGGCACAGAAUGUUCUGCUUUAUGGGAAACCAUGGCACCGAAUGCUCUGCUUUAUGGGAAACAAUGCAAAUGGCGCAGAAUGCUCUGCUUUAUCUGAAACCAUGGCGCAGAAUGCUCUGCUUUAUGGGCAACCAUGGCGCAGAAUGCUCUGCUUUAUGGGCAACCAUGGCGCAGAAUGCUCUGCUUUAUAGGAAACCAUGGCGCAGAAUGCUCUGCUUUAUGGGCAACAAUGGCACAGAAUGCUCUGCUUUAUGGGAAACCAUGGCACAGAAUGCUCUGCUUUAUGGGAAACCAUGCCAUAGAAUGCUCUGCUUUCUGGGAAACAAUGGCGCAGAAUGCUCUGCUUUAUGGGAAACCAUGCCACAGAAUGCUCUGCUUUAUGGGAAACCGUGCAAAUGGCGUAGAAUGCUCUGCUUUAUGGGAAACCAUGCAAAUGGCGCAGAAUGCUCUGCUUUAUGGGAAACCAUGGCGCAGAAUGCUCUGCUUUAUGGGAAACCAUGGCGCAGAAUGCUCUGCUUCAUGGGAAACCAUGACGCAGAAUGCUCUGCUUCAUGGGAAACCAUGGCGCAGAAUGCUCUGCUUCAUGGGAAACCAUGGCGCAGAAUGCUCUGCUUCAUGGGAAACCAUGGCGCAGAAUGCUCUGCUUCAUGGGAAACCAUGGCGCAGAAUGCUCUGCUUCAUGGGAAACCAUGGCGCAGAAUGCUCUGCUUCAUGGGAAACCAUGGCGCAGAAUGCUCUGCUUCAUGGGAAACCAUGGCGCAGAAUGCUCUGCUUCAUGGGAAACCAUGGCGCAGAAUGCUCUGCUUCAUGGGAAACCAUGGCGCAGAAUGCUCUGCUUCAUGGGAAACCAUGGCGCAGAAUGCUCUGCUUCAUGGGAAACCAUGGCGCAGAAUGCUCUGCUUCAUGGGAAACCAUGGCGCAGAAUGCUCUGCUUUAUGGGAAACAAUGCAGAUUUCCCUGGGUGCAGUUUAUGGAAUCUAAAUUAAUCAGCUUUAUAAGAUAGAUGUGAGCUGUAUUUUAAUGAAUUGUUAGUUUAUAAAUAUAGAGGAGGAGGGUUACUGUAUCAUUGUGUGUCAAAGGCAGGUUGUAAUGUAUCAGGAUAAGCUUCUGUGUCAGCUAAAUCUCCUUACACUAUCAGUUCUUCAAAUCCAAACACUCGAUGUCUGUCUUCUCUGUAAAUGUAAACAAUCUCCCUUUCACUGAUUUCUGGGAAACCAUGGCACAGAAUGCUCUGCUUUAUGGGAAACCAUGCAAAUGGCGCAGAAUGCUCUGCUUUAUGGGAAACAAUGGCGCAGAAUGCUCUGCUUUAUGGGAAACCAUGCCAUGGCGCAGAAUGCUCUGCUUUAUGGGCAACCAUGGCGCAGAAUGCUCUGCUUUAUGGGCAACCAUGGCGCAGAAUGCUCUGCUUUAUGGGCAACCAUGGCGCAGAAUGCUCUGCUUUAUGGGCAACAAUGCUCUGCUUUCUGGGAAACAAUGGCGCAGAAUGCUCUGCUUUAUGGAAAACCAUGCCACAGAAUGCUCUGCUUUAUGGGAAACCGUGCAAAUGGCGCAGAAUGCUCUGCUUUAUGGGAAACCGUGCAAAUGGCGCAGAAUGCUCUGCUUUAUGGGAAACCAUGGCGCAGAAUGCUCUGCUUUAUGGAAAACCAUGGCGCAGAAUGCUCUGCUUUAUGGGCAACCAUGGCACAGAAUGCUCUGCUUUAUGGGCAACCAUGGCACAGAAUGUUCUGCUUUAUGGGAAACCAUGGCGCAGAAUGCUCUGCUUUAUGGGCAACAAUGGCACAGAAUGCUCUGCUUUAUGGGGAAAUACCACGCAAAUGGCUAGGAAUGUUCUGCUUUUAUGGCAACCAUGAUGCGAAUGUUCUGCUUUAUAAAACUGCGGCUUGUGAAUGUUCUGCUUAUGUAUAACCAUGGCGCAGAAUGUUCUGCUUUAUGGGCAACCAUGGCGCAGAAUGUUCUGCUUUAUGGGCAACCAUGGCGCAGAAUGUUCUGCUUUAUGGGCAACCAUGGCGCAGAAUGUUCUGCUUUAUGGGCAACCAUGGCGCAGAAUGCUCUGCUUUAUGGGCAACCAUGGCGCAGAAUGCUCUGCUUUAUGGGAAACCAUGGCGCAGAAUGCUCUGCUUUAUGGGAAACCAUGGUACAGAAUGCUCUGCUUUAUGGGCAACCAGAAUGUUCUGCUUUACAGAAAUGUUCUGCUUUAUGGGAAACAACCGAAUGGCGCAGAAUGCUCUGCUUUAUGGGCAACCAUGGCGCAGAAUGCUCUGCUUUAUGGGCAACCAUGGCGCAGAAUGCUCUGCUUUAUGGGCAACCAUGGCGCAGAAUGCUCUGCUUUAUGGGCAACCAUGGCGCAGAAUGCUCUGCUUUAUGGGCAACAAUGGCACAGAAUGCUCUGCUUUAUGGGAAACCAUGGCACAGAAUGCUCUGCUUUAUGGGAAACCAUGCAAAUGGCGCAGAAUGCUGUGCUUUAUGGGAAACAAUGGCGCAGAAUGCUCUGCUUUAUGGGAAACCAUGCCAUAGAAUGCUCUGCUUUCUGGGAAACAAUGGCGCAGAAUGCUCUGCUUUAUGGGAAACCAUGCCACAGAAUGCUCUGCUUUAUGGGAAACCGUGCAAAUGGCGCAGAAUGCUCUGAUUUAUGGGAAACCGUGCAAAUGGCGCAGAAUGCUCUGCUUUAUGGGAAACCAUGGCGCAGAAUGCUCUGCUUUAUGGGAAACCAUGGCGCAGAAUGCUCUGCUUUAUGGAAAACCAUGGCGCAGAAUGCUCUGCUUUAUGGGCAACCAUGGCACAGAAUGCUCUGCUUUAUGGGCAACCAUGGCACAGAAUGCUCUGCUUUAUGGGCAACCAUGGCACAGAAUGUUCUGCUUUAUGGGAAACCAUGCCACAGAAUGCUCUGCUUUAUGGGAAACCGUGCAAAUGGCGUAGAAUGCUCUGCUUUAUGGGAAACCGUGCAAAUGGCGCAGAAUGCUCUGCUUUAUGGGAAACCAUGGCGCAGAAUGCUCUGCUUUAUGGGAAACCAUGGCGCAGAAUGCUCUGCUUUAUGGAAAACCAUGGCGCAGAAUGCUCUGCUUUAUGGGCAACCAUGGCACAGAAUGCUCUACUUUAUGGGCAACCAUGGCACAGAAUGUUCUGCUUUAUGGGAAACCAUGGCGCAGAAUGCUCUGCUUUAUGGGCAACCAUGGCGCAGAAUGCUCUGCUUUAUGGGCAACCAUGGCCCAGAAUGCUCUGCUUUAUGGGCAACCAUGGCGCAGAAUGCUCUGCUUUAUGGGCAACCAUGGCACAGAAUGCUCUACUUUAUGGGCAACCAUGGCACAGAAUGUUCUGCUUUAUGGGAAACCAUGGCGCAGAAUGCUCUGCUUUAUGGGCAACCAUGGCGCAGAAUGCUCUGCUUUAUGGGCAACCAUGGCCCAGAAUGCUCUGCUUUAUGGGAAACCAUGGCGCAGAAUGCUCUGCUUUAUGGGAAACAAUGCAGAUUUCCCUGGGUGCAGUUUAUGGAAUCUAAAUUAAUCAGCUUUAUAAGAUAGAUGUGAGCUGUAUUUUAAUGAAUUGUUAGUUUAUAAAUAUAGAGGAGGAGGGUUACUGUAUCAUUGUGUGUCAAAGGCAGGUUGUAAUGUAUCAGGAUAAGCUUCUGUGUCAGCUAAAUCUCCUUACACUAUCAGUUCUUCAAAUCCAAACACUCGAUGUCUGUCUUCUCUGUAAAUGUAAACAAUCUCCCUUUCACUGAUUUCUGGGAUUUCUUAUCUAACCGUAGGUACUUUAAUGGUGACGGGACACACUGCGUUUUUAGUCGUAUGAUGGCAAGCGGUCGGCAGGCAGAAUCUGACAACGAUUCAGAUGUGGAAACAGUGGAGGACCCCGAUACGCAAGCAUUGGACUAUAUUUCUAGAGUUCUGAGUGGCCAGAGCUUAAACGAGAAACUUCAUAAGACACCGUCAGAUGACCUUCCCAUGGAGUCUUGGGAUGACUCCUACCAAGGAGGCUGGAAUUUGAAGAAGUCACCUGUGGCAGAGGAGGAUGCUGAGGAGCAUUGCCAGCUGUUGUUACUCCCCUUAGAGCUCAUUCUCCAUAUAUUAUCUCAUUUGGAUCCUCGGUUUAUUCUUGGUGUUUUGCCGCAAGUGUGUAAAACGUUCAGUGCUAUUGUGACAGAGAAAAUAACAUGGAGAACACGAGUCAAGAAUCGAAUCUCCGCUAGCUUUCCAGUGGUAGAACGUAAGUUUUCAGAGCAUUGAAAGAAGAAGGGGAAUAUAAAAUAAAAAGCGGUGCCCUUUAUAUAAUCUAAAAUAGUAUGGAAAAUAAAUACCUUUCUGUAAUACAUAAAUGUAACACAAAAUACACUAUACAUAUCAUUUAUACAAUAUUACAGCAUUCGUAACCUGGGAUUUGUGAUGUAGAUAUCCAGUGAUGGUGAGGGUGAUAGAAUGUCUUCUUUAAAAAUGACUGCAACUGUCUCAACUAACUGACUUUACUAAUAUAUAUUACAUAUAUAUAGUAGACACACACAAGGUCACUCAUGCACUAAACCGCAACUUCAAAGCUUACAGAUUUUAUUCCUUUUUAAAAUUUUUUUUUUUUUUUUUUAAAACACACCAAAAAACAAAAACCUAAUUAAUAUUUAUGUACAGGUACUUUUUGAAUUUUUUUUUUUUUUUGUGUGUUGGCACAUUUUCAGCGAGCUCUCCUGAAACCAGGAAUUAAAUCCAAUAGUUUUUUUUUCACCUUUCACAGAAGAGAAUUUUGAUUGGCCAACUGCCUGUAUGGAACUUGAAGAGCAGCUCUCUCAUUGGUCAGACAAUGGGAAGAAGGCAGAGCAUUUCACAUUAAGUGACGGACACUACGCCUCUGUAGAUGCAGUGCUAUUGCUCCAGGUAAAGUGGGUGGCUUGGUCAUGGUCUGGUAAUUGUGAUCAUUACACGGAGAGCAAAGUUUAGCAUACUGUCAUUAGACCGUAAUGCAUUGGUGUCUUGUACAGUUACAUUAGGUGCGAGUGACUCUCCUUCAUUUGGCUUUGCUACCCUCAGGGGGGCUCCUUAUGCGUCUCUGGAUCCCGAGACAGGAACGUCAGCCUCUGGGACUUGAGAGAUCUGGAACCAGGGCAAGAGAAAUUUAAAGUGAAGGCAUUGGGAACAGAGAAAACUGGAACCCAUAAGGUAGAGGUUGAUCUCUAUAACCAGUACAUAUAUUGUAAACAUGUGCAUUGCUUAGUGGAAAAAAAUUCCAUCUCACAGCUUUUUCAGAUUGCAUACUAAUUUUGUGUGAACCUUGAAUUUAUUUUUGUAUUUGUCCGGUAUAAAUGUAUCCCGUUCAGCAUACAUUGUUUACUUGCGUAGGUCUUUUUAUUUAUUUAUUUUUGUACUUUAUUUUUGCAUAAACAGAAGUGCAUUUAGACCACAGUAAAAGGCUUUCGCAGAAGCCAAUAUCAUCGUUCAAGUGUUCAUUUUACAGAAGGGAAACGUGGCUUGUUAGUGCAAGUUAAGAACAGAGCUUCAUAUCGGACAUGUUGUUGUCUCCAUUCAUUCGCUUAGUAUUAAUGUUUGUCGCUUACAGGUGUUGGAGUUGGGCAUUUCUCUCCCCCCCCGCCCCCCAGACUGUCCAAGGAUUUUCUGCAAAAAUGUUGGAAGAUCUUCUAUGUGUGCUGGCUUUCACUCUGAUAUAGCCCUAAAAUAAUUUAAUCUGUAGCUGCUCCUUCUGAGACCUAUAUCAUUCUAAUACCUGUGUAUGCACUGAGACUAGACAUGCCUGCACAGUAGAGGUGAUACUUGGUUCUGUGCAUUUUGCAGGGUUGGGCCUGGUGUCUUGCAUCCUGCGGAAAUCUAUUAGGUUCGGGGUCCUGGGACAGCACUGUGAAGAUCUGGGACAUCGGAGCUGAGGGCCAGCAGGUGGGACAGAUCAGGUACGAGAGCUGUGUGACAAAUGGUUUUAUAUCCUUUAUUGCUUGGUAAGGCCUUUUGAACCAAACGAUAACAUCACUAUCUCUGCAUCUAGGGGACGGGCAGCAGUGCUGUGUCUAGCAUUCCUUCCGGAUAUACUGGUGGCUGGAUCAUAUGACAAGAGAGUGAGUGUAUAUGAUCCAAGAGGUGAGGAGCCAUGCAUAUUUUAUUGGUUAUUAUUUGAAUUUGUGCAUGAGUUAAUUUGCUGUUCUACAUUACUGUCUAGUUGUCUAGUCUUCAUAAUGUCAGAUAAAGGUUUAGGCACUUCCCUAUUUAAAUCCUUUGUGUGCAGCUUCCAAUCCAUUGAUCCGUUCUCGGAAAAUCCAUUCCAGUCCGGUGCUGUCCCUGGUGGCCGAUGAGCGUCACAUUGUGUCCGGGGGAGAGGACCGAACCUUGGUGGUGUUUGACCGCAGAGCUAAUGCAGUAUUACAGAGGAUACAGGUAAGAAGGGGCAUUGUUUAUAUAUGUUUUAAUGCUUAUAUCUGAUUCGUCUUAGAUUCGUCUUAUAUUUUCACCAUUGAUUACUAUACUAACCCCAUGGUUGUCCUUCAGAUGAACAUUUCAAUGUCUGUAGAGAUGAGGACAGGGUAAAAUACUCCUUGCAAUUUAAAAACAAAAACAAAGUUUGUUAUGUAUGACAUGCAAUUUUUAAAUGUUCUCGUUUCUUUUCACUCUUCCUUUUCCAGCUUGAAAAUUACCUCUUUUGCAUGUCGUAUGAAUCUCCUCAGCUGUGGGCUGGUGACAAUCAAGGUCUAAUUCAUGUGUACGGAAGCCACAGUGGGACAUUCCAGAAACUACGGGUAUUAUAGUAAUCAUUUUUAGAUAAGUAAAGAUUAAAGGUUUGCUUCAAGCACCAUAAUCACUCCAGUGAUUUCACAAUGAAAUGCGCAUAGCGAGAUUAACCUCUCUGUUGCUGGAGUUGUAAUUGCACCUCUUGCUGGGGCGUCUUCAGCCGGCACGAAACAAGGUUUCUGGGCUGGCUAAUGGCAGUUCUGUGUAAAUGUCAUUGUACAAACGCUUAUUGAUUGGCUGAAAGCAUUCGGGUGAUGCUCUGAGCCAGUCAAUGAGCAGCCGGAUUGGCAUUCCGAUUUCUACAGCUCUGCAGAAGCUGGAUGUUGUAAAUCUGCCUACAAAGAAGAUCAGGAACAUGGCAGGACCAGGUAAGAGGGCAGACCGUUGCAAAAUGAUUUGCCCCAUUACUGGGAAUACCCAUGGCAUCAUAAACCAACAAUGCAGAACGUUGUAACCCUUUUAUUUACGUUACUUUGCGUGCUUUAUCUUUACCUGAUGGUCGGGAUACACCCAGGAAAGAGAGAGACAAUACUUUUAAAAUCAGCAGCUCAUUUGUAAUGCAUUAGGUGAUCUGUACGGUCCUAUUUAAAAAAAAAAAAAAAAAAAAAAAUUUAAAUCGAGGUGUGUAUGUUGCUGUAUUCUGCUUGUUAUUUAUGGGUGCUCAGGUUUCUUGGUAACAUUGUAUAUGUUCAUGAGUAGUUUGUGGUAGUGUGUGUGUGUGUGUGUGGAUGAUAUGUCACAUAGUGUGUUUGGUGAUGUGAGUGUUUGGGUUGGGCUGCUUAUAGAAUUGCAAGUGAGAGGCUGCUUGUGGAGUUGUGUGAGUGUAUGUCAGCGGUGUUGUGGGGACUUUGUGUGUGGGCUGUUUGUAUUAGUUGUAUGAGGGGAGGCUUAUUCUGCAGCUCUUUGUAUAUCUGUCAGUGUGGGUGACUUACUUUGGUUACAGUGGGGACCGGGUUUUCCAUGUACAGGUCAAGGGCAGGAGCUGCAAUAACUGCUCUACUCCAGUGUGGGUUACCGUUCACAAGUGUUGGGAGGAGGUGAUCUGAAAUCACUUCAUCUAAGUGCUGCAACAUGUAUAUUGAGGAUUGUCUCUCUGCAAUCAGCAGAUAUCUGAAGUCUCACUGGGACUCCUGAUAGGCCAGAGCCUAUUUUUCACUGGCAGCCUUGUUGAGUGCCGUACAUGGCACGUGUCAUAGGUUGCCGACUCCUGCACUAGUUACUAUUGAAAUGGCAUUGGUUGUACUUUGACUGAUUUAAACAUGGCUCCUGAUUUCUGGGUUCAGUUCAUAUCAGUAUCAUAUCUCUGUACAGAGCUUUCAUCCAUGAUUUGAUAAAUUACAGGGUGAUUUACUUAAGUGAGAAUUGUGGGAAAUUCAAAGGGAAUUUAAGAACAAAUAUUCUCCGCUAUCCCUCCAGUUAGGCUAUAUUGGUAUAACAUUUUAUAUUCACUUUAUCAUUUGUUAAAAGAAAAACAGAUUGUAGCUGUAGUAACAAACAAUUUGUUAGCAUAUGUUGUAUUUUCAUCCUCUUUUUAUUUUUUUGUCUCCUGUCCCAGUGCUUUGAUGUUGGCCACUCUUCCCAGGUCACUGACGUUUUCCAUUCAGCGGGUACACUUUAUACUACUUCCACUGACAAAACCAUGAAGGUGAGCAUGAACUGGGUGAAAUUGGGGACUGACCCUUUAAAGGAACACUAUAGUGUUUGAAUAGUUAUGUAGGUGCCCUGCCCCCGGGAUAAAGGGUCUUGCAGCAGCUGGCCACACCUCCAUGUGAGAUGAUCAGUUUUGAUGAUAUCAGCCAAUCCAAUAUCACAUAGAAAAGUAUUGGAAUUCUAUUGCGAAUGGCUAGCAAAACACCACCCUACGCCAUUCAGAAUGUCCUUAUAGUAAUGCAUUGAAUCAGUGAAGCGUUCAGCAUCUCCAUGCAGAUCGUAACGAUGCUGAAUGUAGGUGCUGCACUUAGUGCAGCACUGAAAUAGGAAGCAUUUCUAGUGGCUGUCUGAGUGAGUGUACCUAGAGCUGUUACUUUCUAAAAAGACAGUGUUUAUAUUGAAAAGCCUGCAGGGACAGGCUAUAGCAACCAGAACCACUACAUUAGUGUCCCUUUAAACAUGCCUCUGUGCUUCGUAAUUGGACCGACACGGUUAUUAGGUAUCUAGAUGAAGAAGACAUUGGGCCGGUUACCACAAAAACACCAUGGUCAGCAGCAGCAAUUUCUUGAGUUUCUGUCAUUAUUUAUUUUCGUUAAAGGACCACUAUAGUGCCAGGAAAACAUAAUUGUUUUCCUGGCACUAUAGUGCCCUGAGGGUGCCCCCACCCUCAGGGCUCCCCUCCCGCCCGGCUCUAGGGGGUGGAAGGGGUUAAAUUUACCUCUUUGUCCAGCGCCGAGCGAGGAUUUCUCCUCCUCCUCCUCUCCGCCUACAUAUCACCGUCAUCAGCUGAAUGCGCAGGAGCCGCGCGCGCAUUCAGUCAGUCCAUAGGAAAGCAUUCUCAAUGCUUUCCUAUGGACGCUGGCGUCUUCUCACUGUGAAAAUCACAGUGAGAAGCGCGGAAGCCCUCUAGCGCCUGUCAAUGAGACAGCCACUAGAGGCUGGAUUAACCCAUUUAUAAACAUAGCAGUUUCUCUGAAACUGCUAUGUUUAUAGAAGAAAGGGUUAAUCCUAGCUGGACCUGGCACCCAGACCACUUCAUUAAGCUGAAGUGGUCUGGGUGCCUAUAGUGGUCCUUUUAAUGGAGUUCUUUGAGUUUCUUUUUUUCUCUCCCUCCUUACUGGUAUUGGGUCCCCCUGGGCCAUUAGAUAAUCACUCUAUUCUUGUCUCCAGGUUCAUAUUCCCACUGAUCCCCCUCGGACAAUCUACACGGAGGUGCACAGCAGUGUGGUCAAUGGGGUAAGAUUAUUUAAACUGAGAAUCAUUCAUGAGCGAGUAUCUAGCCCACACUGACAUUUAAUCAGUUAGUCCUUCAGUCCUGGAGCAGGGGUAAUAUGUGCAGGGGAAUGAUUUAGCUUCUGUUACUGAUGUGGGAACUGUUGAUGAUCUUUGUGCCAUUAUUUACCUUUUCGAGUCCUUCACAAUGUGCUCAAAGUUUUAAUUUUGUUUCCAUUUCUUUCUCUCAAUCACUUUCCUUCUCCAUUGUCAUUUCUGCUCUCCUCUCUGUGUUUUGCGUGCCUUCCAUUGUCUUCUCCCGUGUGUGUGUCUCUCUCUCUCUCUCUCUCUCUCGCGCUCUCUCUUUGUUUCUCAGGUGAGUGUAGCCGGACAAACUGUUGCAGCUGCCUCUGGAGGACAAACUGUGGAGAUCUGGAGAUUUAAAGAAUAAUGGAAUUAUUUUCGAAUACAAAACCAAAAUCGUUUCUGGAGAGCGCAGUCUUUCAGGGAAGAACAAUCGCAAUAGGUGAAACUGAGCUAAAUGAUUAGCUUUUGGUUUGGAAACAAAUGAAACGAGACCUCACUCAGUGACCAAAUAACUUUAAAAAAAAAAAAAAACAGUAAUGUACUCAUUCCAUUGUGUAAUGUCAGACUAAUUCUCAUUUCGUGUUCUCUGCUGUAAACAUAGUUUAAAGGAACACUAUAAUGUCAGGAAUAGAAACCUGAUUUCUGACAGUAUGGUGCUGGUGCUAUUUAGGUCACUGGCCUCCCUCAGGUUGCUCUGAAAAGGUGCUUUUACAAAACUUUUUUUCCCAUGCUGCACUGGACUCGCUUGGGCUGGCUCUGUCUUCAUGGCUGAGAUCAUAAAUUUUGAUGCUCUCCGCCAGUCCAAUGCUUUCCCAUAGGAGAGCAUUGGAAGACUAUUACACAUGUGCGGCGAAACAAUGUGCCAAUCAGCAUCUCCUGAUAGAGAUGCAUUACAUCAAUUAAUCUCUAUGGGGUGUCAUUGCUGCACAUUGUACAGCACUGACCCAGGAAGCACCUCUAGUGGCCGCCUGAAUGACUGCCACUAGAGGUGUCGCAAGGCAGUAAUGUAAACACUGACUUUUCUCUGAACAGCCUGCAGGGACAGACUUGACACCAGAACUACUACAUUAAGUGGUUCUGGUGACUGUAGUGUUCCUUUAAAGUAGCUGUGUCAUCAAAAGGGUUAUUUGCACUAUCCUAUAUCUUGUCUUGUUAAUUUUAAUGUUGCCGUAUUUUAUUUUUUGAAUAGGUAGUUUUACAGUCUGAGAUUAAAAUGGGAUUUAUUGGAUUUUCUACCAUUUAAUUCAUGCAAAUUGCAAAAGUUGAAGGUGCAAACUACAAUAAAAGUUGCUUGCGUCACUUCUCAGGGUUUUGGCCUAGUCAAUCGUUGUUAAAACCACCAUUGGCUGAAGUUACAAGUAUUUUGGCAUUAAAAAAACUCUCUAGGCACUGUGGCCAGUCUAAUAGUCCUUUAAGUUGAAAAUCUGCACCACAACAUAAUGCCAGCACCGCUACCCUGUCUGCUUGGUUUUCUCCGGGUGAUCAGCAGUGUAGUUUUGGGCCACACAUGUGCUUUUGGUCUCAUCCAACCAGAGGGAAAAAACCCUACUAAUGCAUCAAAGUAGGUUCAAAGGUUGGGACAUUAUGUAUUUAAUUUCAUAUUAUUUUUCUCUGGUGCUUAUUCAGAAUGUUAUAUCUAAAUAGUUUUUUAAUUCUUUAUUUUGUUUGUGCAUAGGUUAAACAAGCAAGUUUGCAUUAUAACGACAGCUGGAGCAAACAUAGUAAAACAUCUUUGUGGUAUUGAGAACCCUGCACAUUUUUAUAUAAUAAUUAAGCUGGAACAAGAGAGGAUAUAGUACAUGUGAAAGAAAACGUUAGCAGAGUGCGUGAGUAAGUUGUAUGCACUAAUUUAGCUUGUGCGUAAUAAACAUAAAAAUUUACAAAAUUAACAGUGCUAGGCAUUUCAACGAAACACUAGUGACUCGUAGAGGCUUAUACACUGAGAGUGAGUUAAAAAAAGUUGAGUAGCUUUAGAAACAUACUGAAAAUGUCACCCAGGGGAUCCCGCACCAAAGUGAGAGCUAUGAAAUACACAUUUCUUAAGGAGCAGGAGGCUCCAUAGCCCCAUCCAAGCCUGGAGCAGCAUCCAGGUGGUGGGGAGGAAGAGGCUGGCUGAGGGCACUGGUCCCAUCCAUGUCGCACUGGCGACUGCAAGAUGUGGGCUAGCUUUCGGACCGGAGCCACGUGUUGGAACCCUGCUGGUAGAUCCGCUCCCGACUGGCAAUAAGGCCGAGGCGCCGUAUCAAAAAGUCCCAAGAGCCCACAGAGACCUUGGUAGGCAAGGGGAAAUCGUCACGCUCCUUGUCGUUUCGACAUGCAGCAACUGCCAUUUUAGGUGAGGCUUCUCUGCCACUUGAGUUGGUUUCAGCAGCUCUGGGUUGUUCGUAGCAGUGGGGCCCUCCCAAGCUGAGGACUGAAAUGACCCCUGCCAGUCCACAGGGAGGGGGAACGGGACCAGCAUUGUGUGGGACAGAGGAUCUGAUCUGCUGCAAUUGGGCAGUGUAGCAGGGUGGCGGCCGCCCACCCCACUCACUGCAAGAGUAGCCCUCAGCCGCGUGGACCAAGGAUCUCCCUUCCAGAGACUGAGAGGCAAUUUUCAGGCUCAGCCUCGGAACCAAUACUGCUCUGCAACUUGGACCACAGUUUCCAGGUGUUACAUAGGCAAGUUUAUCGCCGUGGUGAGCUUAAUAAUUAAAAGACUACAGGAGCUGCUUGUUCUUGCAUCCUCACAGCAUGGCGGCCCGGCCCCGCCACCUAUCUGAAUUGGUUUUUGAUCACUCCUUGGUCUUACGAUGCUGUUUUGUUUGUGUUUUUUAAUCCUGUGUAAAGAUGAGAGGGGAAAAAAAUUCUAGUUGAGGCACAUUGUCUGACUGUGUGCGCAUGAGCCACACGCACACAGUCCUCAAAGCUUCUCCUUAAAGGUGCGCACACAGCACUGCCUGCAAGGGAAGAAGCUGAUGACAUUCGUUACCAGCAAACUGUGUGUGUGCCAGACUUUUUUUUUUUUUUGUACAGGAUUCACAUUAGUGAGUUAGGAAAAGAGUUCCGAGUUCAUUUAGUCACAUGUGCUGGAGGCGUAACUACAUACCGACACAAAUCAGAUUGCUCUGUAUAGACCACAUUUCGACUUGCAACACUGCACAUAGAGAUUGCUUUCUCCAUAACCAAACUAAAGGCAGAUGGAGGCUGGACUAUCCCUUUAAUUGUUCAUAGUUGGUCAACUUGCAACUAAUUACAUGAAUUCUGAAGGCCAUUUGUUUAACUUCUGUGUCACAAUAAAAAUAUAUAUAUAUAUAUAUAUUUGCACCUUUGAAAUGUUAGCUAUGUUGUGAAACUCAAAUGGUAAAAAAAUACAACAAACUCCAUUUUAAAUUGAGACUGUAAAACUAUAAAAUAUUAAAUGGUUCAAGGUGUGUGAUUAUUCCAAGCACUAUAAAAUUAAAACCGCUAACAUUUUUUUCCACCAACUCUGAUAGAAACCGUUGGUUUUGUUACAUAAUCACGCGGUUCUGAAAUUCCAUCUUUGCUUUUCAGCGGAGAAGCAAAGCAGAGUAGCUGGAAAUCCAUGCCUCUUAUUGGCUACUGAAAUGACACGUACUUAGCAGGAUUUUAUGUUCAUUAUGUCUCUUUUAGAAUAAUGAUGGUGUAGUUUGAUCAAUCUGAUAUUUAAAUGGGAAUUGCAGCUGAAUGUACUAUAACUUAAUACAUUUGUAAAUAAUUUCAGAUCCAAUGUGUGUAAAAAAAUAAAUAAAAAUUAAAGCAAUAGUGUCAGCUAAAUAUAUAGAGAAUGUUUUUAAACAGCCUUAUAUUAUCCACGGUGUGAAUCGAAGUCAUUGAUAUUUAAGCUUGACAUGCUGGAUGUUUACAUUUCUCUUAAUACUUUGUCUGGCUUAUAUUAUGAGCCCUUAAAGGGUCACUCCAAGAACCAUAACCAGUACAGCCUAUUGUAGUGGUUAUAAUAAGUAACCUAGCUGUGUUACCUGGGUUCGUGUCCGGGGCCAAGCCUCCUUGCAUGUCUUGUGACGUGCAUCCGUCUUUUGGAGAGCCAAAGCGGCCGGAUGGCAUUGCUUUUGAGCAUCAGCUGACUGUUCUCAGCCAAUGAGUGACAUUCUAUGUAUAUAUGCACAGAAUUGACAUUAGCCAGUGCAGAUCCCUUAUUCUAGGCUGAAUAAAUGACGCCCCAGUGACUACUGGAAGUGAAGCUAUAACUUUGGUAGCAAUGGAGUUGCAUAGUAAUCUAGGUUGAAGAAAGACUCAAGUCCUUAGAGUUCAACCUACAAAACGCACCUUUUUAUCCUGUUGAUUAAUAUGUUUCAGCUUCUCACAGACAUCAUCCUGUAUUUUUGAGCAGUUAAAGGUGUUGGUGUCAGGGAAUCCACCCAUUGGAACAAACUAGUACAUUUUUGUUGCGAGCAUGUGCUCUGUUUAUUUUAAAGGAACAUUAUAGGGUCAGGAACAAAAACAUGUAUUCCUGAAACUAUAGUGUUAAAACACCAUCAAGCCCCCCUGCCUCCCCUUACCCCCUAAAUAUAGUAAAAUCUUACUUUUAUUCCAGUCUCUUGGUGCUGGCUCUGCCCCUGAUCUGCUUUCACAUAGGCCAAACACAGCCCUGGCCAAUCAGCAUCUCCUCAUAGAGAUGCAUUCAAUCAAUGCAGCUCUAUGAGGAAAGUUUAGUGUCUCCAUGACCGUCACAAUGUGCAGCACUGCCCCAAGAAACACCUCUAGCAGCCAUCUGAGGAGUGGCCAGUGGAGGUAUCCCUAGGCUGUAAUGUAAACACUGCAUUUUGUCUGAAAACUGUGUUUAUUGCAAAACGCCUGAAGGGAAUGAUUCUACUCACCAGAACAAAUUCAAUAAGCUGUAGUUGUUCUGGUGACUAUAGUGUCCCUUUAAUAUAUGCCCUUAGUUAAUACAUUCCUGAUCUAAAAUGUUGCUGGAACUGUUUGUUUGUGCUUUCUAAGUAAUGAGAAUAUUGAUUGGCUUGGAAUAGCUCUUGGAUUUCUUUUGGGGUAGAUUUAAUUUAAAUCAGGAUUUUUGAAAGUAAACACUGCUUCUUGCUGGUUGUAUUAAUCUUUAAUAUUUCUACCAGAUGAAGAGUUCAUAUUUAGAAUAAUAAUUUUUCAGAUUCAUUAAACACAUAUAGGAACUGAUUUUCUUAUAAACCAUUAGAAAUGCAUAGAUAAUGCAGAUAAGGUGCGCGAUCUCCGGUUUAAUAGGUUAAUAUAACAUUAUAUAGCACACACAUUCCAUUAUUUGCCUACACAUCAAUGUUUAACUGAAGUCGCAAAAUCUAUUUUAAAACAAACUUGAACUGACUACAUCGGCAUAAAAAAAUGUAAAACUCUACCUUCUGCAGCUUUACUCGUCUUAAUCAUUUUGUUUAUUAAUAAUCUGGAAAAACAAAGGUUUUCCUGUUUUAUCCCAAACAAUUUCUACCUUUUAGAAUGAACCAGUCCAAAGAGAGAGGAUAUUCGGUUGAUGCCAGCAGAAGAGGCCACUGCUGCUAAAAAUGAAAUCCUUACAAUCCCAAUGCUUAAAUGACUUCUGCCAAUUCUCUUGUGUGACAUUCUUUAAAACGUUAUCAGCAAAUAUAUUUUGUGGAGAUGAAUGAUUGCUGGAUACCCACAUCAUAGCGAAUUCCUCUCGUUCAGCACUUUACGGGUUUGACCCUGGUGCCGCAUAGUGACAAUGUUUGCAAGAAAGUGAGCAAAGACAGUGCUUGUCCCAACUAUUCUUUUGUUAAUUGUUGUCAUCUUAAUUCUGUUGCUGUAUCCUUGCUCUUUUUCAGUGCACACUCGGCAGUCAUUCGGUGCCACCAUUUUUAUUUUCUCCAUUUUUUGGGGGGGAAUUGUCCAGUUCUUGAUAUACUAUUCAUUACAGCGCAUUACAGAGUUUCAACAUCUUGUGGUAGAGUUGGCUAGGUUCCACCCAUUUGUUUGUCAGAACAACUGCUGCAAAAUGUGUUACGGACGGCUAUAGUUAUUUCAAUGGCAUUAGUCUAUAUCUGUGGAACACCAAGGUCUUUGGCUAGGAGGUGCAUGCAUUAAAUGAGCUUUUAUUUUCUUCAUCUUUUUCAAAAUUUCUUUUCAUUUUGGACACUUUUGCAGCAAUGUCUGUGACCAAACUGUAGUAGACAUUAGAUCCCCACCCCCCAUCACUUUAUUAUUGUAAAUUGUGCUGCUGUGCAUUUCUUAAAUAACAAUUGUCUCAAGUCCAUUUUCUGUUAUACGAACACAUACAACUGGAUCAUUGUGGACGUUCGUCUAUCCAUCAAGACUUUGAACAAUUUUACCAUCUAAACUUGUUGUCUGAAUCAUAUUAAGUGUGGGUUUUCAAGCAGACGGAAAGAGGAGUUUGUCGCGUAAACAAACUGAGCAAUUUUUUUCAUCAAAACUCUUUCUAAUCUGCUGAUUUUAUCCCAAGAUUAUUUAUUGUAGUUCCUGAAUGGUCAGAUUGUUUGUGUUUUCUUUUCUUUAGAUAUAUACGUAAAUGAUAUCAUUGACUCACUACCCUAGACAGGUAACUAUAAAACUGUAAAACAAAAAGGGGGUGAGCUAGGAGGUAUAUUGGUUUCCGAAAUCUUUUAUGUUGAUGGUGGAAUCCUCAAAAAAUAAGUUAUUGCGGCUUUAUUCUCAAAAACCAAUAUUUGCUCAUUUAAUUACUUUGCUGUAAGAAUGGUAUAAAGAUGACCGUGCCAGGUAGUAACAAUUUUCAGAGUGGUAGAAUAACAGGUUGCAGGGGCCAACACAACUUUGUCUUGUGGUUAAAUCUUUCCAUACUUGUUACGUAGACAAUCCUUAGCAAUUGCUUUUUGGAAAACAUUGUAUUACAAUGCCCUGUCUAGACUCCGAGAGUCUAAUUGUGUUUGUUAUGGAACCAGUUCUUUCCUGCGCAGGAUAGCAUAUGCUUUACUUCCAUUUUUUUGAGGGUCUUAUUGUUACUGCGUAUCCAUAGAUGUUAAAGGAAAACUCCAGUGCCAGGAAAACAAUCCGUUUUCCUGGCACUGCAGGUACCCUCUCCCUCCCACCUCCCAUCCCAGGUAGCUGAAGGGGUAAAAACCCCUUCAGGUCACUUACCUGAGACCCCGCCGAUGUACCUCUGCGGUGGUUUCGGGUCGGCGUUGCUCCUCCCAGUAAUCACGUCAGCCGGUAGGCGAGAUUGAUCCCGCCCGCCGGCUGAGGAAACCUAAUGCGCAUGUGUGGCAAUGCGGCUCACACACAUUAGGUCUCCCCAUAGGAGAGCAUUGAAAAAGAUUUUUAAUGCUUUCCUAUGGGGAAUUGAGCAACGCUGGAGGUCCUCACACAGCGUGAGGACACCCAGCGACGCUCUAGCACAGAAAAUCUUUGCUAUGAAUCAGGAAGUGCCCUCUAGUGGCCGUCUAGUAGACAGCCACUAGAGGUGGAGUUAACCCUGCAAGGUAAUUAUUGCAGUUUAUAAAAAAACUGCAAUAAUUACAGUUGCAGGGUUAAGGGUAGUGGGAGUUGGCACCCAGACCACUCCAAUGGGCAGAAGUGGUCUGGGUGCCUGGAGUGUCCCUUUAAGUGCUACCACCUAACAUUACCUUGUUCGUUGCGCCAUAUACACACUAAUAAGAUAUGUAUUUUUGUUCAACUGUGACAGUUCUUCAUGGCGGGCUCGAAGAAAUAAUGUGAAAAAACUGUUUACCAACCUGACGGUCCUGAAUGUUUAAUCACAGCACUUAUUGUUUUACUAAGGCCAGCGUGCCUUACAUCACCACAUUACCGAUAGGUAGAGGAAUUUAAUUAAAAUAAUACCAAACUAGGUCUCUUUCACCCCUGUGAAAGAUCUAUUUAUCGAUUUUUAGCCAAUCUAUUAAUUGAGAUUAUUGAAACUUUGCACUUAACAGAAAUGUGUUCCUUAUGUUAGAAUGUCCUACUCGCUAUUUAGCUGUUCUUCCCCCACCCCCCCACCCCUGCACCUUUGGCAUUAGGCAGCAGUGAGCUUGUAACUGACCCUUCAGUUAAUUUUUCUGCAUUAUUAAUUUAAAAAUAUAUAUAUAUAUAUAUUCAUAAAAACAAGAGGAUUGCUGACAAUAUAGUUUUUCCUUAAAAUUGCUAUUUCUCUUGCAGUAUCAAUAAAGGAUCACUGCGUAUUGCCGGGCAGGAAUUUUCAUGUCUUGCCCUACAGUGCAGAGCAAGACAAAUAUGUAAAAGUUAAAUAUUUUCAAGAAACAUUGUGGGUCAGGCAGUGUUAACUGUGAACGUGACGAUGUACCUCCAAUGUAGCAUGCACGAAGGACCGGUCUACUACGUUCCCCCAAAGUCACCACUAGAUGGCAGUGCAAAGACAUCUUGUGUCCUAGAGAUCUCCAACCAACGGUAGAGGAAGAAUUGAUCGAUCCUUAUGCCAUUCAAAUAAUUUAGGUCUCAUUGAAACCUUUUAUUUAUUAAUUUUUCAUCUGUGGCUGUUGCUAGGUUACAUUUAUAGGUCGAGUGUAGCACAAUUUCUUUAGUGUGCUAGUGUUUCAGACACCAUCUCCUUCUGUUCCUUUUAAUUUUCGUCCAAUUUUGGCCGUCACUUAUGUGUUUACGUGCUCCGUUACAUUCUGCAAAGCUCCCCUGCGAGGAUUUGUAUCGGAACAUCUUACUAUUGCACUUUAUUUCUAUAUAAAUCAUGCUUCCAGGUUUUAGCUUGGCUGCUCUCAAAAUGUGAUGUGCUCUGUAAUGAAAUAAGGAUGUUGUGCUUUGAAGGGUUCACCCCUCCCUUCCUUUGGUAUUGUGACCAAUUCAGUUUACAUCUCUAUAAUGGCUUUACACGUUCUCAUAUUGUGUUGCUGUCUGAAGUUGUAUGAAAUUAUUGAUCCUACGUUUUUAAUGUUUAUAUAAUUACUGACAAUAAAUGUAUGUGGA